AUGAAGACUUUGGCUACUAGUUUUAUCCUUGGAAGCCUGGUGUUGGCCUACUCCUUGUGUUUCGAAAUGACUUUACCUAAAACACUGGACAUCCCCGAGAAGCUGCAAGAAGCUGUAGGGCAAGUUAUUGUCAAUGCUACAACUUGUACCGUCACCUGUGGCCUUGGUUAUAAGGAGGAGACUGUCUGUGAGGUGGGCCCUGAUGGAGUGAGAAGGAAGUGUAAAUUUCAGCGCCUGGAAUGUCUGACCAAUUGGAUCUGUGGAAUGCUCCAUUUCACCAUUCCCAUAGGGAAGGAGUUUGAGCUGAGUUGUCUAAGUUCAGACAUCUUGGAGGUGGGGCAGGAAGCUUUCCGCUUCACCUGGAGACUUGCUCGAGGUAUCAUCUCUACCGACGAUGAACUCUUCAAACCCUUCCGAAUCAAUUCCUACUUUGUGAAGUUUGAAUCUGCUAGGGAGUUUGACUCUGGGACAUACCGAUGUGAUGUACAACUGUUAAAAAACCUGAAAUUUGUCAAGAGACUCUAUUAUGGGCUGAGGGUCCUUCCUCCUCAUUUGGUGAACCUCAAUUUUGAUUUGUCCCUAACCGAAGGUCAGAAGUUAGUAGAUGAGGGCCUGGAAGUGAAUCUGGACAACUAUUCCAGGCCUUCCCAUCCAGCAUGGAAAAAGGACGUGGCAUUUGCUUUAAGGAUAGGAAUUGCCAGUGGCAUGGCUGGUGGGGUGUUGGUGACCAUAGCCCUUUGCAGUGGGCUGAGGUUGAUCCACAGCAACAAUGGCCUUGAUGGGUUAAAAGCUUUGCGCCUGAAGGACUGGUUGUUCUGGAAGCCGAGCUAG